CACGACUGUCCAGCAACAAAAUAUUUGGACUACCCUCAAAACCCAAACUAGAUCCUAUAUUUCCCCUAACACAGUCCAAGUGCAUCUAAUCACCUCAGCAUCAAGGGAGCGAGUCCCCUCUGGUGGUUACAAGCUACAUUCUCAUUGGAUCUCUGUGACAGUAAGGAAGCGGGGCAGCUGGUCACAUGGUUUUAUUGACUCCCACACCCCUACUGGGCAAGACUCCUCCUUGAAUUUAGGGCUUGGACUGUGGCUUGAGUUCUCCCUUUUCCUAUAUAAUCAGAAAUAGCAGGACUCCAAAGUGUGAGGGGUGAGGCAGGAACCGUGCCUGGAAUAACUUAAUUGCUUAAAAUCACAGCGAAGAAAGGAGAUAUGUUAAGUCCUGGGCUGCCAAUUGGAGACUAGCUAACCUUAAAUUCCAUCUCCACGCCUUCUUUCUUUCCUAUGCAAAUGCAGAGUCAGUCGCUAGAACGCCAGGACUUUCCUCACUCUCACGUUCUCUCACUUGCAGGUGAGUCUGAAUUUUGCGGGGUGGUCCCUCCGUUUUCAGCGGGUAUUCAAGUCUCCUGGCUGCCAACUUUCUAGGAGAUGCCUGAAUUUCAGAGGGACUGUCAGUGGAUUUGUGGAUCCAAGUCUUUUGGAACGGAGUAGUUUUCCCGCGUUGCGCUGCCUCGAGUAUAGACGUGGGCUCUCAGGGGGAGCGGAGCGCGCGGGUGGUGGACAAGAUGACUCCGGAUAAUCUGACCUCGCAGAGUCUGCUGUCCGCCCUGCACCCGCGCAAUGCCAGCCCACAGUUCGCGGGGCUGCAGUUUGUGCAAUCUUUCAAGCCUCUCAUCAUCCCUGGCUACUCACUAGUGGUGUCGGUCGGGGUCGUGGGCAACUACCUCCUCAUCUAUGUCAUCUGCCGGACCAGGCGCAUGCACAAUGUGACCAACUUUCUCGUGGGCAACCUAGCCUUCUCGGACAUCCUAAUGUGCGCCACCUGUGUGCCCCUGACUCUGGCUUACACCUUCGAGCCGCGGGGUUGGGUGUAUGGUCGCUUCUUGUGCUAUUUUGUGUUCCUCAUGCAACCUGUUACCGUGUCGGUGUCCGUGUUCACCCUCACGGUCAUCGCGGUGGACCGUUACCACGCCACUGCUCACCCUCUGCGCCGCCGCCGCCUCAGUGUCCCCGCCUGCGCUGGUGUCUUGGCAGCUAUCUGGCUGCUAAGCUGCGCCCUAGCUGCUCCCGCGCUCCUCCACACCUACCACGCAGACUUCCCCGAGCUGCACUUCGCCAUCUGCGAAGAGUUUUGGUUUCAUCGCGAGCGGGAUCGGCUAGCCUACGCCUAUAGCACCCUGCUGCUCACCUACGUGCUGCCCCUGGGAGUCAUCUCGGUGUCCUACCUGCGCAUCUCCAUGCGCCUCCGCAACCGCGUGCUCCCGGGCAACGCCACGUCGCAGCAACAGGCCGAGUGGGACCGCGCAAGGAGACGAAAGACCUUCCGCCUUCUGGUGCUGGUGGUGGCCGCCUUCGGGGCGUGCUGGCUCCCACUGCACAUCUUUAACCUGGUCAAGGACCUGGAUAUCAGCCUCAUCGACAAGCGCUACUUCAACCUACUGCAACUACUGUGUCACUGGCUCGCCAUGACCUCUGCCUGCACCAAUGCCUUUCUCUACGCCUGGCUCCACGACAGCUUCCGCUGUGAGCUCAAGAAGAUGUUCUGUUGGAAGCGCUGGUGGCGGCGGCGCCGGAGGACAACACGGGUCCAACCGGUGGACGGGCCUCCAGCGUGUCCACUCGCGACUGUGGUCCUGUGAGGCUGAGGGAGAGGUCGGGGCGCACGAAAAGUUGAUUUCUCCGAAGCAGCUCUUGUGGACAGGGUUAGAUUCAGCCAACCCAGCGGGGGUCUCUAGCAUAAGUACUGCAGUUCAUGCAAACGUCCCUCAACCUCAACCUUGUGCCCCUUCUCUUCUCUUAACGCCUAUUCAUCAACUGAAAUGGAGGUAAAAAAAAAAGAAAGAAAGAAAGCUAACUCAUUUUGAGAAAAGACAGUGUUCCUUCCCCACCUCUCUCUACAUAGUCCUAACCCCUGCUUCCCUUUCUUUCCCACCCACACAGGAUUUUAGUUGAUCUGCCCUUUCCCCUUGCAAAGGGCUACAGCGCCGCAAUGAUUCCUCCUCUGCGUCCAGGACAGAGAUACCGGUCCAGACACUAGGGCGCUUUGGGCUAGAGUAGGUGAUGUGUGAACACAGGGUGAGGGAUAGUUUGACAAACUUCUUUAAAAGGAAAAGACUGGACAGCUACUUUGUGGUUCGCCUUUCUCCCUUCUUCUCACACACACUCUAAACACAGACCUUGCUUUCCACUCACUCUGUAUGAUGCAGAAAUUGCAUUCAGCUGCACAGACCAUACAGAGGUGUGUAUUGUCAGAAACACUGGUGAACUACUUUGAUUGCCAAAAGAACAAUCUCAGAGCUGUAUCUUCCUUUCUCUCUACCCCUGCCUCCUUGGUCAUUGCUGACAACUUUUUGGAGACAAAGCUCCCCAAACGUGGCUAGAAAGUGCUUCAGUUACGAUUAUGAAACUUUUGGUCCUGAACUGAGCUUUUAUUGGGAGAGGCGGGGCAGGGGAAUGAGAAAUAGGGAUUCAAAGAGUUGCAAAGCUGGGAUUGCCAGGACUUGGAGUUCUUGCUCUGUUUGACUUGUGCCAAGUCAAGUGGAUCCUCAAGCCACUUCUUCCCUGGAAAGGGCUGUGACAAAGUGAAAAUGACAUUUCUCCUUGAACAAAAGUACUAGUUUACAUGGUUACAGCACUUUUUUUUUUCCUGGGCCAGGCACCGACUCUGUUGAUUAAAAAAAAAAAAAUUUUUUUUAAAUUUGCUGCUCACCUCACACUGUUCUGGCUCCUGUGGUUUAGUUCAUUAAAGCCUUCAUUGAUUACUUAAGAAAUGAUUUGUUAGCAUUUGUAAAGAAGGAACCUAUUACCUUUGAGUCCCUGCAGGAAGUCUUCAAGUCAAAGCUUCUGUUAACUUGUCCCAUUUAGACAAGAGCUUCCCUGCUUUACUUCUUAAAGGCAAGGGAAGGAGGUAGGGAUUGGUAUCAGACUUCUUGGAUAUCAUAAGGCAUUCUAACCUCUAGCAGAGGGAAGGGCACCAUGUCAUUUUAAGCAACCCUUUAAGUACCCUCUCUGGAUCUUAAGUUAUUUCAUCAUUUCCAAAUUGAGUAGCAAGGGCUCCCUUUUCCUUAUGUUGUUGGCUUUAAUAAAAUUGUGAGAGAAGAUUUCCCACAAAUUUAGUAUCCCAGAAAUAUGAGGAAGGAACCUUGGAAACUGUUGAACCCAACUUGCUUAUUUUGAAAACUAGCAAACUAAAGUUAUAGAGGUGAAGAGUUAUAAACAACUGAUUCUUGUCUGGCCUUGAAUGUUAAAAACUAGGACCUGCUAUCCUGUAGUCCCCAGCUUAAUGCACCUCAUGGCAUGGAUAAAAAGUCAGAUAUUGUAUAUAUACUUCCUCUGCCAAAAAUGAAAUCAGUAAGCCAAUUAUUAGUGUAAACAUAGUAAAAUUAGAUGAAUGCCUGAUACUGAGGGAAAAAUUCUAGAUGAGGUGAUCUGAUUUUGAUUAAUCCUCAUAAGACUACUGUGCAUCAGCUAAUGCUUUUUGGUCAACUCAGGAAGACCGUUUACUAAGAUCUGUGUGUUGGAAUGGAAAGGAAUAGGGAGAGGGUAUUCCAGCUUGCACUGGUGAAGGAAUCACUUCCACUGAGGAGAUUAUGGAUGCCUGAUGUGUUAAAGUAAAUGUAAUUCUUUGUACAUUUAUAAUAUUUCCCCUACUAGACUGUGAGCCUCAACAGAGCUUAUCUAAACCUUGUAUCUCCCUUGUGCUUAGCAGAAUGCUCCUUGCUAGAAAAUGCUUAACAAAUGUUGGUUGAAUUUGAUUGCAAAUACCAUCAAAAUAAAGGAUUUUUACUGUCUGA